GAAAAUGGCGCUGGAACCAGCCUAACAAAUAUUGAACACAAUGCGCAUGAGUUAUCAUUGCACAUUUAUGCACGGCGUGACAAUAUUUGUCAAUAUUGGGUUUGGAGCAGACAAUGCAAGCUAUCUGUUUCAACCCACAUCUUGUCUUAGAUUUGAACAUUGAGAUGGUGAAAAGGAUUGCUACUGUUGUACCAAAUGAUGGAAACAAGUUCAUAGAGGAAAAACCUCCAUUGCAGGAUGAGGUGUUAUUGCUGGAUAUGGACAAAUGGGUGAUGCUGUUGGUGAAAUUCCUAAUUCCUGUAGGCAGAUUCAAGGUUGUGGACUGGACGUCAAUGGUGUUUCACUCUUGGCCCUUCAAGGAGAAAGAAGCCAAGGUUUGGAUAAUGGGGUGAAUCAUGGAUGUCAUCUGGUAUCCUACGUCCUUCUGAUUAAGUAGCUUAAAGAACUUGGAAUGGGUCCCUUGGAGAUUUGAGCCUUAAUUCGUUUCCACAUUAGAGGCCUGUGAGCACAUGUUUGAAGGGGUUUUUGAAAGGAAAGGAUUAUCAGAAAAGAACUUAGGAAUGAUAGCUUUAAUCAAUUAGAAUUAUUUUA